GGUCACCCUUGGUCACAUGAAAAUGACUUGGGUCGGCAAAUGUUUUCUCUAAAACUUAUCAGCAUAUAAUAAGAGAUAAGUUGUGAAAUAAAUGAAGUGAUAUGAACUAUUUCAUGUGAUAACUGCAGCAGAGAAGUUUUGUAGUUUAUCUUAUUUUAUGUAGAUCAACAAAGCCACGGGGCAGGCUUUCAAAAUGAACAUUCGUCAGAGUUUUACCUUAUUAUUUGUUUACAAAUUUUAUUUAAUUUUUCUUUGGUUAUCUGAGGCACAAGGGAAAAUACUCGGAUUUGAGCAGAAACAACUAGAUUACAAAUUAGAUCAAUUAUUAGUGAAGAAAAAUUUAUUUAAAUACGUAAUGAAACAAGAACGUACAAAAUGUCCUCAAUUAGAUCCAGAGGUGAAUAUGAAUGUGACGCAACUUUUAACCAGCAAAGGCUACCCAUGUGAGGAUUAUACAGUAGAAACGAAAGAUGGAUUUUUAUUGAGUGUUCAGCGAGUUACACAUGGUCUUAAUAAUAAAAAUGUAACAAAUAGACCAGUAGUGUUUUUACAACAUGGUUUAUUAUGUACUUCAACCAACUGGGUGACUAAUUUAAUAAAUGAAAGUUUAGCAUUCAUAUUAGCGGAUGAAGGGUAUGAGGUAUGGAUGGGUAACUCUCGAGGUAAUACUUAUUCCAGACGACACAAAACUUUAUCACCCGAUCAAGAUGAAUUUUGGGCAUGGAGUUGGGAUGAAAUGGGAGAAUAUGAUUUUCCAGCUAUGAUUGAUUUUGCUUUAAAUGUAUCGGGUAAAACAAGUUUAUAUUAUGUUGGACACUCUCAGGGUACAACACAAGCAUUUGUUCAUCUCUCACAAAACCCAGAGUUCGGAGAAAAGAUUAAAUUGUUCUUUGCACUAGCACCAGUAGCAACUGUAGGUUCUAUGGAAAGUCCAAUAAGAUAUUUGUCUGCUUUAAAGGAUGAGACAAUUUAUGAAAUUUUAAAACGUAGAGAUUUUCUACCAAGUAACAGAAUACUAGAUAUUUUAGCAGAUACUGUAUGUAGAAGUCAAGAGUUACGAUUUUUGUGUGCUAACGUGUUAUUUUUAAUAGCAGGCUAUGACACCAGUAAUUUGAAUAAUUCACGUUUACCAGUAUAUAUAAAUCAUACUCCAGCUGGUUGUUCUGUUCAAGAUUUAAUACAUUAUUUACAAGGUUAUAGAAGUGGUAUCUUCCGUAAAUAUGAUUAUGGUUCAGCUGAUCAGAAUGAGAAACAUUAUGGACAGCCGACACCUCCACAGUAUAAUGUAAGUAGGAUAACAGCUCCAGUAGCGUUAUUUUAUGGUGAUAAUGAUUGGUUGGCUGAUCUUAAGGAUGUGGCUUUACUUAUACCAAAGAUUCAAAAUUUGAAAGCAAAAAUAGAAGUUCCUCAAUGGAAUCAUCUGGAUUUUAUUUGGGGUGAAAAUGCUGCUACCAAAGUUUAUAAUACUGUUAUACAAAUGAUAAAAGAUAAUCCUUAGACACAACACGCUCCACUUUUAAAAUAUGUUAAUAUAAUUGUAUAUAUAAAUAUUAAACUGACGAUCAAAAGAAGGUAUAAGCAACUUAUAUUCGGAUAGAGUAAAAUACAAAAUCUGUUCAGACAUUGCAAACAACUUGUUCACAAAACUGUACUUUCCAAGAGAUUUAUGUUCCCUGAUAUGCCAUGAAGAGUUGGCAAUUGCUUAGUAAGAAACUGCACCAGUUAACAAUGAUAGUAUCAUAAUCACCCUCGGUAUCCCCAGAGAUAUCGUUCAGUUCUAUUCCACCAUACCCUGGGUUUUUACAAAUUCAAAUUAUCUGCCCUUGAUCGUAGGUCGAUUCUACAAACCAAUCAAAAAAUAGUUUACAUACCAGUCUUAGCAUUAUUGUUUACAUUCACCACAAUAAUGUUAGUUACAAUAAGAUGCGAGUUACUUCUCUUUGUCAACUCAAUUGGUCAAUAAAAAUAGCACCAGUAUCAAAGGGUUUCUCCCUUUGUGAAGGGACCCAAGAUACAGUGGAGUAGAACAGAACAAUACCCCGGGGAUAACUAGGAUGUGUCAUUAUAUGCCCAAUCUCUUCCCUAAAUUUUGUUUGAUCAAAUUCAUUACCAGAUAGAUUGGUCCUAAUAUCACUUUGUCAGGCAACCAAUAGGAUUUCAAAGCAAUCUUAUGCAGUGACAGGGGGGUGGGGUUGGGGUGGAUGGGCGAUUGGUUAGCGCGUUGUAUCAUAAGGUCUGUCAUUGAGUCAACUGGCAUGGUUUUGAUUGGAAGUGACCAGGAGUAGGGUUUUCUCCGUGUCCUUUGAUUUCCUCUCACUGCUAAAGACCCAUAGGCGCAAGUGAAUUAUUGAAAUAAAAUUGAACCAUAUGUUAGUUCCGAAAUGACAUAGUUUGUGUCAGUGGACUCUCUUUCUCAUAGAGAGACAGAAAAUGUUGCUAAAUUCUUCUUGGGUGUGUAAACACAGGUCAUCGUCCCAAAGACUUAAUGUACAAUCUUUGUGUCUAAAUUCUUUUGAUUGAUUGGUUUUUUGUUAGCUUUAAAAUAUAAAUUUUGUUUUUUUGUUAGCUUUAAAAUAUAAAUUUAGAAACUCAGGAUGGAUACAAAUUAUAAUAUCGGUAUUAGUAAUCCUAAUAUAAUGUCUAAUUUGUCCAUUUUUAUGAUUGUUUUCAAUGUUUUAAAAUAUUGUUACAUUAUUUUUUUAAUUGUUAUAAUAAUAAUUGUUUAUAGAUUUCAGAUGUUUAAUUGUUCACAAUAUGUACCAGUAGUAAUCCAAAUAAAUAAAAACCUCAGUAAAUUUACAAAUGUUAGUAAUAAUCAAAAUAGAUUGAUUUAUAGAUUCUGAUUAUUUUGUUCAACUGUAGUCAUUAUGUAUAUAUUGUUUAACCUCUUGAAAGGGGAAGCAACUGUAUCAAUAUAUUAUCAGAAUACCCACAUCUACAUCCCGUGUAAGACAGUUUGGAAGGGUUAAAGAUUCUGAAGCUUUUGAAUGUGACUAAAGAUUCUAAUGCUGUUGAAUAAUAGUAUGUGACUACAUGUUAAUAAAAUAUAGUCCUAGGUAUAUUGGUUACAAGGUUAUUGUUAAUAUUGAUAAAUUUCCAUAGACUAUUGUUAUCUGUGACAUUCCAUAGACAUAUAAAAUCAUUAUUCAUCAAUCAAGCAGCAUUGUGUUAGUUCAAUGGUAUCGAUAAUAAAUUGAUCACUCACAUGAUGGCUUCCUACAGAAUGAAAAACAACAAUGUUUAUAUUAGAUUUAUAUUUGAUAACUAUUUAUUACAUAUCUGUAAAAUUUGAUAUAUGUGUAAAUACAGUAUUAUUAUUGCAAAUUGUAUACAUAAAAGA